CAUGCCUGCAUGUCUGUGAGCGAGAGAAGGAAGGGAAGGGUGACAGGGAGAGGGAGAAGAGGAAAAUUACCUUCUUCAUCUUGGUCGAGAAAGCACCGGAAAAUAUUCAUCUUACUUUUACCUCAGAGCAGCAGAAACUGUCGCAGCUCCAACGACCUCAGGGAUCAGGCCUGCUGGGUGGUGCCACGUGCCAGGUUCAAGUCUGCGACGGGAAGAGCAGACGUUCUGACCUCGGGCCAGCCAAGGGCUGCAGAACUGCUGAGCUGCCACGCGACGUCCAGCUGUUAUGUCCAGCGUCUAAAUGAGUGCAGAGGAAAGGCUGAAAGGAAAGACAGGGUGACACCCUUGAGCACUCUUUUGCUUCUGAUCGAGAUUUUCCUUCCCAAGUCAUGCUUUCCACAAAUUCAGAGCCCAGUACCUUGGACUCCCAGUCUUCGACCACCUUGUUCUUAUCCUCAGAGGAGCCAGGCCCCUCCACCGCCGCUCUGCCGUCUCCCUCCUCCUCCUCCUGCGAGCAUGGGCCCCAGGCCUUUUCCCCGGACCCCGUGGUGAUGCCCCCGCCGCUGCCGCCGCCGCCGCCGCCGCCGCUCCCGGCAGCCGCUACGCCUCCCGGCUGCGGCGCUCCCCGGCGCCCCGGCCUGUACUCGGUGGUCGCCUCCUCCCCGGAGCCGGCCCCGCGCCUGGUCGACUGGCUGCCCGGCGGCCGGGGGGAUGAGCGGGAGCGGACGCCGCCAGUCCUGGCGCAGGCCCAGCACCCCGGCCCAGCGGGCACCCAGGAGGGCGCGGAGCACCCGGGAGCCUCCUCUCCGCCCUGCGCCCGGGCCGCCGCCGCCGCCGGGAGCUUGGAAGCCAAUGUCGGGGACAUCCUCGUGGAGCUGCGGGCGAUGAAUGGCCACCUGGACGUCAUAGCGCGGGCCCUCACCAAACUGGCCUCGUCUCUGGGGCCUCAGUCCCAGCCCCCGCCGGAUGCCCCCGAUGCCAACUAAAGGAGCUCCGGGGAGGC